UCUAUCUCAAAUCUUCCACCAAUAGCGCAGCAGCUUGCUAACAUAUGAAAAUGGCGGCUCUGUGCAGUGAGUUUGAAGAUUUGGUACCGAUCAAGAAACAGUUAAUAUCGGUGAUAUCUCUUUGUAAAGAGAGAGGGCUUUUACACAGCACGAAGUGGGCUUCUGAGCUGGCAUUUGCUUUGGACUCUCUUCCCAAAGAUCAGUUACCGCCUCCAGUUCCUUUCACUGAGGAAGAUGCACAAGACCUGGACGCUCUCACACUGGCUAAGUCCUACUUUGAUCUGAAAGAGUAUGACCGUGCCGCCUACUUUCUGAAAGGCUGCUGCAGUCAGAAGGCUUAUUUCCUGUAUAUGUAUUCUCGUUAUCUGUCAGGAGAGAAAAAGAAGGACGAUGAGACUGUGGACAGCUUGGGUCCUCUGGAGAAGGGUCAGGUACGCAAUGAGGCCUUGCGAGAACUGAGAGUUGAGCUUAGUAAGAAGCACACUGCAGGCGAGUUGGAUGGCUUCACCCUUUAUCUGUAUGGGGUGGUGCUACGGAAACAGGAUUUGUUGAAGGAAGCUGUAGAUGUGUUUGUUGAGGCAAUUCACGCUCUUCCUCUUCACUGGGGAGCCUGGUUAGAGCUCAGCAACCUUGUCACCAACAUUGAAAUGCUAAAGUCACUUUCUCUACCAGACUGCUGGGUUAAAGACUUCUUCAUGGCCCACAUGUACACAGAGCUGCAGAUGAUCAAAGAAGCACUGCAAAAGUACCAGAGCCUUAUUGAAGCCGGCUUUUCUAAGAGCACAUACAUCAUCUCACAGAUUGCCGUUGCCUACCACAACAUUAGAGAUAUUGACCAAGCAUUGGCUCUGUUCAAUGAAUUGAGAGACCAGGAUCCAUAUCGCAUUGAUAACAUGGACACGUUCUCCAACCUGCUCUAUGUUAAAAGCAUGAAGCCAGAGUUGAGCUAUUUGGCUCACAACCUUGUGGAGAUUGACAAGUACAGAGUGGAGACAUGCUGUGUAAUUGGUAACUAUUACAGCUUGCGCUCUCAGCAUGAGAAGGCAGCGCUGUACUUUCAGCGGGCCCUCAAACUUAACCCUCGUUGCCUGGGUGCCUGGACGCUCAUGGGUCAUGAAUACAUGGAAAUGAAGAACACUUCAGCAGCUAUCCAAGCCUACAGACAUGCCAUUGAGGUGAACAAGCGGGACUACCGUGCCUGGUAUGGCUUGGGCCAGACCUAUGAGAUCCUCAAGAUGCCCUUUUAUUGUUUGUAUUAUUAUCGAAAAGCUCACCAGCUCAGACCAAAUGACUCGCGGAUGUUAGUUGCACUCGGUGAAACAUAUGAAAAGCUAUCACAACAAGUGGAAGCAAAGAAGUGUUACUGGAGGGCAUACUCUGUGGGAGACGUGGAGAAAAUGGCUCUACUUAAAUUGGCAAAGCUCCAUGAACAGCUGAACGAGUCUGAUGAUGCUGCCCAGUGUUACAUGCUGUACAUCCAGGACAUUUUCUCUUGUGGGGAACAAUUGGAGCAUGCUGAGGUGAGCACAGCUCUGCGCUACCUGGGUCAGUACUAUUUCAAGAACAAGCUCUACCAUGAAGCGUCCCUCUGUGCUCAGCGCUGUUGUGACUACAAUGAUGCUCGUGAAGAAGGAAAGGCCCUGUUGAGGCAGAUCUCUCAGGUGAGGGAUCAGAUUGAGACGCCAUCUGCAGACCUGUUCGCUCCACUGUCAAACAAUAACACCCCAGUGAGACGAGUUUCUCCACUGAACUUAAUCUCCUUUACACCCUGACCCCAGCCAUGUAUUGUGAUAUGAAACCUUUUGGAGCUGUGAUUGAUUCUAUGCCAUGUUUCUGUGUUUGUUAAUGACAUUAAAAGUGAAUCUGUAAUUUGUAAAA